AUGAACAGAUCAGUUUUCGCAACCGCUUUCGGCUUGUUUCAGAGGCUCACCGAUCUCUCCAUUACUGCCAGGCAAGAGAUCACCGAUGAAGAUGAGGAAGAGCAGUUCUCCGAUGACGAUUCAGGAGAUGGCAGCGCCGUUGGGGAUAUGUAUUGGGAACAUGAGCUCGACGAAGAGCAAAGCUUCGUAGCUAGGAGUUUCUUCGAACACUGCCAUGUACUCGAAACGCUGUCCCUGGUGCGCGUUGGCGGGACCACGCCGUGGUACCCCGUACGUGGAAACGAUGGAGCCCUCGAGUCGGUUUACUCUCCACAAAUGGACCGCCGGGCGUGGAAUGAUACCUACAUGCUGCGAAGACAGGAACACGAUGACGAGGGCUUCCCUAGGCUCUUCACCUUCCGCCGACAAACCGAGUACGAUGAAAGCUGGGAAAAUCCUAGUUAUGGGGAUCAGAGUCGUGAGGCCACGGAGCACAGGCUUAAGGAGCGAGACAGGUACUAUGCUAUCAAGCAGGAGGCUCUCGGGCUGGGCCUGUGGGAAGGAGACUCUAGAUGGCAUGGUUAA